AUGGCAGAGGAGAUUUUGGAAUUGGCCGUUAUGCAACGUAGAGUACAGGAAUUUGUACGUGAAAAUGAAAGGGGAUUUGUUAGUCUCAGCUUCUGUGAGGUACUCAACGUACUGUUACAAGAAUUACAAAGCCGUGUAACACAAUUUGCGGAUUCGCAAAAUAAAAUGGGCGCAGGAUUACAGAGAUUAAAGUUGUACUUGAAACCAGCACUCCAUACGUUCGAGCUACUUACAAUGGUUAUUGAAAAGGGACCACUUAAAGGUGCGGAACUUAUCAAUAUGCUUGCCUCCACAUGCCAAAUGUAUGGAACAGGGGAUGCAAGACGGAGUCUAGCUAAUCACCUGAUGAAACAGGCUAUGGAAGCAUAUUGCUACCUUAUGUAUCCUUGGCUCAACUUCGGGGAGAUUUAUGACCCGUCUCACGAGUUCUUCGUCGUACACAAAAAAACGGGAAAGGUGGCUCCCGAAGAUGAGGCCUACGCUAUCGAAUGGAUGCGCGUACCGCUUCUCAUGAAGGACAUUGCGGAAAAAAUACUUGAAACAGGAGUAUAUAUCAGGAUAUUGACACGGUCAAAGGGCAGAAAAAUACCGGAACCACAACCACUGCAGUUCACAUCAAUAGAGGAACUAACGGAAAGCGUAAUAGCUUUGCAUCAAACGGCAUCAGAUGCGCUAAUGAAAUAUGUAGUCUUUGAAUGUAAUCUGAUGCAGGUUUUGGAGUCGGUGCAUCGUUUCUUUCUACUUGCAAGGGCAGACUACGCAGUCAAUAUGCUCGCUGAUAUGCACCAACGAACUCUAAACGAUAGUAUCAACCUCAACUUCCAGGAAGCAGUUGCACAAUCCUCACUACGAAACGAUAAAUACAGACACCUAUUCUCUUUUAAACUAGAGCAAAAGGAUCUUACCUUAGGAUUGAACACGAAGCGAUGUGAGGACAUUGCAAGAUGGGUCGUAAUGAGGUUCAAUGCCAAAUGGCCACUGCACAUUUUCUUCACGGAUGAUAUUAUGGCGAAGUAUCAAAUGGCUUUCAGGUUCAUGCUGCAACUAAAGCAGUCAGAACAUGAUCUGGCGAUGAUAUGGCUAACGCAUAUGAAGUGGAAACGCCUGCCACUCACACCAAGUGCACAACUCAGGCUUAACUUCACAUUCGUAAACAUAGAACGGAUGCUAUUUCUUUGUCGAAGUAUCGCAUAUUUAUCUACUAUCGAUGUAACUGAACGUAGUUUUAACCUUAUGUUACAGAAUUAUGAAAAUCAUCUCAAAAAUGCAAAGACAGAUCAAUCUUUCUGCUUCGUUGUCGAUCAGCAUAGGCAAUUCGUGGACCAAGUUAUACAAGGAUGUAUGAUAGAUGAUAGUAAGGUUGGACCUUAUGUGAAACGCGCAAUAUCUAUAUGCGUUUUGUUUGCAAGCCAAGUUCUCACAUUCUUAGAGCAGCAUGAGAUUGAAAGAAGAGAUCCACGAUGCGUGGAUGUAACCACAAAGUUUGCUAGCGAAUUGUUACAUAACCAGGGAUAUAUUGCCAUGGUGGAAACUGCAUCAAGGCAAUUUGACGAAAAUCUCCGUGACCUAGUGGCAAUGCUGGAGGGCCCAGAUGCCAAAAACUAUACCGGUUUGUUAUUACACCUCAACUACAACGGGUUCUUCACAUGA